AUGGCUGCAUCCCCGCCGCCCACGCCCAAUGUAACGCAAUUGCCGCCGACGCCAGUCACUCCUACUAUAGAGUCGCCAUUCCGCGCACAGCACAAGGUUCGGUCCUACUCGUCUCCUUUCCCGCUUUCCGCGCUGGACUUGGUGCCGGCGACGUCUAACGACAUAUUCACGCCCAUUCCUGUCGAGCCGCGCAACUAUUUCGACGAUGUCCUGCCUAGAGAGCUGCGGCUCCACGUCUUCGCGAGUCUUGUCUCGGUCAUAGUAGAUGAACAUCAGCGAGCCAUCGACGAAGGUCAGUGGUCUGUGUCGAAGGCAACGCAGAGCAGGAAUAAGUGGGUAGGGCGCGACCGUGCUGUGAGGGAGCUGGUGAAGCUGAGCAGGGUGUCGAAGCAGUGGCGGUCCAUGAUCCUCGACGGUCAGCUUUGGGGGACGCUCGACCUGCACGCCUUCGGUGGCGCCUCCUUAGCCUCCGGCCUCCGCAUCGCCGAGCACGGUGGCAAAUUCGUGCAGACCCUAGACCUCUCAGGACAUACCCAAUGCUCCUCCACCGACCUGCACACCCUCACCGACGACCUCUGCCUGGGCCAGUUCCCCGCCGCGACCCAGCUGAGCAGCGUCAACCUCCAAGGCUGCACCUCCCUCGACAGCCGCUCCCUCCACUACCUCCUCGAGCACACCCCGCUCCUGCGGCGCCUUUGCGUCAAGGGGCUCCCCGCUGUGACGAACCUCACGUACAAGACCCUCGCUGCGUGCUGCCCGCGACUGCAGGACCUCGACGCCAGCCGGUGCGCCAAUGCGGACGCCUCGGGCGUGUCUGUGUGGGCGAGGAGCGCUAUUGUGCGCGGUACGCACCUCGAGAUCGUGCGCUUAAAGCUCUCGGGCCUGAAGCACGUCGACGAGGAUAUGAUGCUCGCGCUCGGCCGCGCGGCGCCCCUGCUUGAGGUCCUCGACCUCAGCUCUGCGCGCCAGCUGCGCAACAGCGCCCUCGACGCCUUCGUCGCGUGUGCGGACGAGGAGGAUGGUGUCGACACCGUGCACGUAUACGCCAGGGAGCUUGGCCGCGAGGGCGGGGAUCGCUACCGCCGUCGUGUGACCCGCCUGCGGCGCCUCGCGCUGUCGGCGUGCCCCCUACUCACCGAUGUGGCGUGCGCGAAUUUGGCGUAUAGCGUGCCGCAGUUGGAGAUGUUGGAGUUGGCGGGGAUUGGGAGCUCGCUGGAGGAUGAAGGCUUGAUUCGCUUGUUGAGGACGACGCCCAACAUCCGGCGUCUGGAUUUGGAGGAUGCGACGGAGAUCACGGACGAUGUGCUGCAGGCAUUGACGCCGGAGGAGGAUGGAGAUGAAGAAUUGGGGAAGCAGCCGGGCCACGCCUUGGAGCACCUCGUCGUCUCGAACGCCGGCGAGCUCAGCGACGCCGCACUCCGCGCCCUCAUCCGCGGCUGCCCCAACCUCCGCGUCCUCGAAGCCGACGGUACCUCCAUCACGCCUACCACCCUCCGCGAGUUCGUCGCCAAGACCCGCGAACGACAGCUCACCCACGCGAAGAUUGUCGCCAUCGACUGCCGCGGCAUCGGCGAGGGCGUCGUGAAGGAGCUCGCACCGCAGACGCGUCCGCGGGCAGGGUGGCGUGCGUAUGGGGCCAGGAAGCUCAAGUACCUCGACUCGCGAGACGAGAUCUAUAGCGAGCUUGGCAAGGACGCGCAAGACGAGUGCGACGAGGGGCGCGUGGUGCUGCAGACGUUCCACGCGUGGCUGGCGGUGGAUUCGAUGGCGGCGGCGAGGGAGAAGGUACGGCGCAGCCAGCGUCGGAACCACAACUCGUCCGCCUCUAGCGAGGGGGAUGGGGGCCGAAGCGGCGGCAUGCGGUGGUGGUCGCCUGGUGGGAGGAGUCGGCCGGUGAGUUAUGCGGGGUCGACGGCGAAUGGGAAUGGGGCGGGGAAUAUGACUGCGAUGAGCAGUGGGGACAGUUGUGUGAUCAUGUAA